AUGAAGUUCCUCAACCUUCUCGCCGCGGUCAGCCUCUCCCAGGCCCACACCAUCUUCGUCUCCUUGGAGGCUGAUGGUGUAAACUCUGGAGUGUCCCAAGGUAUCCGAACGCCUUCAUACGAUGGCCCUCAGACAGAUGUCACUUCCCAGUACAUCGCAUGCAAUGGCCCGCCGAACCCGACUACCCCGACCGAUAAGGUGAUCAGCGUCACCGCCGGAUCAACCGUCACUGCUAUUUGGCGCCACACCUUGACUAGUGGUGCUGACGAUGUCAUGGAUGCCAGCCACUUAGGACCUACUAUCACCUACAUGAAGAAGGUCAGCGACGCGAAGACUGAUACUGGUAUUGGUGACGGCUGGUUCAAGAUUCAAGAGGAUGGCUAUAACAAUGGUGUUUGGGGUACCUCGAACGUCAUCAACAACCAGGGCCGCCAGUCCAUUACUAUCCCGAAGUGCAUCGUCAGUGGCCAAUACCUUCUCCGAGCUGAGAUGAUUGCCCUGCACGGCGCCAGCUCGUACCCAGGAGCUCAGCUGUACAUGGAGUGCGCCCAGAUCAACGUCGUCGGCGGAACUGGGGCCAAGACCCCGUCGACCGUCAGCUUUCCUGGUGCCUACAAGGUAAAGAGCGCAUCCUUUGAUAUCGUGCGGGACUAG